AUGAUGGCCAUGAACGGCAAGCAGCACUUCACCAUGCACCCCGCGCUGCACCCGAGCUCCGACAGCAUGCGGCGCGUGUGCCUACCUGCCCCGCAGCUCCAGGGCAAUAUAUUCAGCGGCUUUGAUGAGAGUCUCCUGGCCCGCGCUGAAGCUUUGGCGGCGGCUGACAUUGCCAAGAGUCACGCUUUCAAGACGGACGUCACCUACCAUACCAUGAGCAGCGUGCCUUGCACCUCCUCGUCGUCCACGGUGCCCAUAUCUCACCCAUCAAACAACCUCCCCUCGCACCAUCACCACCACCACCUGAGCCACCAGACCUUGGAAGGAGAUCUACUAGACCACCUUUCUUCUAGUUUGUCGGUCAGCGGCAUGGGCGCGCCGACGGAUCCUUCGGUGAUGACAUCCCAAGCCCACCAGCACCACCUGCAAAUGGGUCACCUGCACCAAGCCAUGGCCAUGGGCCACCCGCACACCCUCUCGGUGCACAACGGGAUGGCGUGCAUCAGCGACGUGGAGUCCGAUCCCAGGGAGCUGGAGGCGUUCGCCGAGAGGUUCAAACAGCGGAGGAUAAAGCUCGGGGUCACGCAGGCGGAUGUGGGUUCUGCCCUCGCCAACCUCAAGAUUCCGGGCGUCGGGUCGCUUAGCCAAAGCACCAUCUGCAGGUUCGAGUCGCUAACCCUUUCCCACAACAACAUGAUAGCCCUCAAGCCCGUCCUCCAAGCCUGGCUGGAGGAGGCUGAAGCGGCUUACCGGGAGAAAAACGGCAAACCGGACCUUUUUAAUGGCAACGAGAGGAAACGAAAGCGCACGUCGAUCGCGGCUCCGGAGAAGCGAUCGCUCGAGGCGUAUUUCGCAAUCCAGCCGCGACCGUCGUCCGAGAAAAUCGCGGCUAUUGCGGAGAAGUUGGAUCUGAAGAAGAACGUGGUUCGGGUUUGGUUCUGCAACCAAAGGCAAAAACAGAAAAGGAUGAAAUAUUCAGCGGUGCACUAG